AUGGCGAUUUCCAUGGAUUUCAGUUUCAAUCCCAACAGAUUGGUUGCGACGACCACAAAGUUAGGGUUCCGGCGAAUGAAGGUCCAAGCCGUAUCGUGUAGGGUUGAUGAUUUCGCUGCCGCUGAAAGGGGGAAGACUAAUUUUUAUAAAGUUCUCUCUCUUGAUUCGGAGAAUGUGGGCUUAGCUGAAAUAAAGAAGUCUUACAGAAGAAUGGUUCUUCGGUAUCACCCCGAUGUUUGCUCUCCUUCGAGUCAAGAAGAAUCGACCCAACGGUUUCUAGAGCUUCAAAUGGCUUACGAAACACUUUCGGAUCCGAUUUCUCGUCAAAUGUAUGAUUAUGAACUGAGUUUGGUCAAUCCAAUUGGGUUUGGGUUUGGGAAUUAUACGAUGAAUGAAAGGAGCAGAUCAAAUGUUCAGAGGGAUGUAAAGAAACGAUCGAAUGUUACCAGAAUGCAGAGGAUGAAAAAUAGGUAA